ACCACUGACAACCUUCGCAAUAUCACAAUUAGAUGAUACUGCUGGCUUCUGCAAACCUCACAGACGCGAAAGUAUCUUAACUGCCAUACCUACCUAGGUACUUUUUGAUUGCACUUGUACUGACCCUUGGAGGACUUUGGAGCUCGUCUCAUAUUACCAUAAAUCGCAAGUCCGGCGGUACAUCCCAUAUCCACAACAACUGUGUGAGCUCCAACUUAGGGAAUGGGUCAAAUCUUUGUGAUCGCAGUCUUUUAAUAUGUCGCAUCCAUAUGCAGAUCGUAGAAAGAAACCUUUAGAUAAGGUUAUUGGUAAUUAACAUUCUUGAUUGGCAGUUUCCGAUGCACAAGUUAAACAAAUCCCAGAUAUUCUCAAGACUAGAAAGCCCGAUUUAUUCAAAGAUUAUCUGAAAGGUAAAUCCACCUAAACCAUGAAUGUGCUUGACAGAUUACAUUUGCUAACUGGCGAGGACUAGAUUUACCUAACAUCUUCCAUGGUAUCCUCAAGUCUGAUGAUGUGUAUGUCAGAUAUUCAUUCUAUGUGAAAGUUUUGGACUAAUUUAGACACCAGGAGCGAUCGGCCUACAGACGCUAAGUGCCACGAAUUUUUCGAGAUUCUCUUCGAAAUUGUCAUCGAGGAAAAACGAAAAUAUCUACUUCCUACAAAGUCAAAUAGGUCCACAGAUGGAAAGUCAAGAAAGCCAACAGCUGUGAAGUCGACCACCAAGCUAGAACAAUCUAGCAAGGCCUUAUGUUCCAUAGUGGAGGCUGGAAUAUACAAGUUCAAGAAGAAGACCGUGAAUGCUCUGAUAAUUCACAUUAUUGACACGAUUCCCACAUCAACUGGAGACUAUUUCCGGCCGAUAGUAAAUAAUUAUCUUAAGACGCUGGGUUACCUGCUCGAGAGACCAGCGAAUGCAGCGGGUGUCAAGGAUGUUCGAACUGAACUUAUAGACUUUUCCGUCGAUGGUAUCGAGUUGUACCUGGGAGACACUAACGAAGAUCUAUUGGAGUCUGGCAAGGGGAUUAGCCAUCCAUCACUGCGUAAAUCUCCCUCCGGGCUGGGAAGUAUUCCAAAGAGGUCGAACUCGGUGUCUGAACAUGACGUAGAAGCCCUCUGUCAAAUCCUCAUCCCACUUCUUUCUACUACCAACGAUCAUUCAUUUCCAACUCUUGAGCGGGUGGGCACCGUGAUGAUGCGCUUGCUUCAGUACCUGAAAGCGAAUGUAAGCACGCUACAUCGUUUAGCAUUCUCUGUCCUUAAUAUCAUUUUGUCAUCUUUUGCUGAAGAAUAUAUCUCAUUUUCGUUUUCAAUUGGUCGGGAGUUGAUUCCUUUAAUAUGUCGGCUUUGGCAAGGUAAAUCACUGUACAAGGACGAAAAGAUUAACUCUGUGCGAGAUGAAAUGCUAAUUAGUUUGUUCCAUAUUCAUCUGCACCUAGAGAGCAAUAUUAUGAGCAAUGAGGAUGUCGAGUUAGAGAGUAAUUUAAACGAUUUACUUGUUACUUUGAGGGCAGAUUAUUCUCGGCGAGAAAAUAGUGAUCAGCUCCAGUUAGACGAUGUGGAGAUUUUGGAUCUAAGUUCUCGAAAGAUGAGCCGCGAUCCUUUUCGUCUACAUUGUUUCCGACUCAAAUCUCACAACAAUCGCACGGCUGGCACGGCUGCUGAGCGUAAUUGGGCAAACCUACUCGCCAUGGCCAUCCUAGAACGAUUAGUGAGAGUCAAGGAGCACAUACAUCAAGUGAAACCAAAAGUGGGAGGUGAUUCGGAUGAUUCGGAUAAUUACCCACGAAAGCGACAACGCAUUUCGUGUUCAUCUGAAGGAUUACUCGAUCCUCUCAAGUCUGGCGAUCAGAAGAUUCUGUUAGCUGGUCUGCAGCUAAUUCCAUUCUUACUGCAAAAUUAUAAACUCCAGCCUUCUUUUCUGAAAGAAUUACUAGCUCAUUUGGGUAAUUGUGCUUUAGACAAGCGUGGUAACAUUGCGUCAUGGGCUUUACUUGGUAUAGCAAGGUGAGUACUUUGUUAAGACUAAUCUGCUAUAACUGACAAUGGAAACACAGUUGUACAUAUCAAGUAUGUGCUGCAGACGAGUCGUCAACAGAUUGGAAACAGCUCUGGCAUAACGGAGCUAAAUCGCUCACUUUUGCGGGGACAUGCCGCGCUGCUGCUCUAGCACUUCAUGCAAUUCACGCCAAACACCUGGUAGAUUAUCGUGAUAUUGAAGACAGUGUGAAUGCCAUCAUCACCACAGCGGAUAUUAGUGGCCCGCCAGUCCUUUGCGAAUCGUCCAUUUUCCUAGUCAAUCAUUUACUACAGGUCAAAGUUAGCGAAGCACCUGGUGCGAGCCUGGCAGCCUGCCAGCAUGUGAUCUGUUGGCUUUUUGGGAGAUGGAAUCCAGGUGCGAAUGUCAUUGGCUAUCUCUUGAUCGAGACUAACACAUCUUAAGCCGAUAGAUUAUUCAUUGCUCAGUAUGGGAAGCAUCUACACCCUUUUAACUUCGUUGCAUUGUUACGAACGAGUCUUGGCCUGCCGAGUUUGCCUGUAUACUCAAACGGCCGUCCUAUAGGAGGUGCACUCUUUCAAGCAUGGCAACAACACUUAGACAGGGAAAAGGUUCUUCGUUUUCUUUUACUACUUGACGGCAGUGCACCCUCCGCGGCAGAUUUUGUGUGCCGAUACUGUCCGAAAUCUACCAGUGAUAAUGAUGUAGUCUUCAAAUUAGAUAGCGCUCAUUUCAGUUCUGCUCGGAGACUGAUCAUCGAAUUUCUGACAUCCAAAUGUAGCGAGCUUCUACAGAUUUGGAGAAGCUUCAAUGCAGAAGCAGAACGUUCUCCACAGGUCUCCACUGACAUGUAUCGAGGCUCAUUGAAUGCAUGCAUCAUUAGCCUUGAUCUAUUACCGCAUUUUGAUAAUUCGCAUUUAGAGCAGUUACCUCAUUUAAGGGAAGACCUUCGAGGCUUAGGCGGUGAGUUAUUGGAAUUCUUGAAAACAUCAGAUGCCAAAGAUUUUCAGGCCACCGACGAGUUUGUACAUACUCUUUUGCAAACAAUCCAGCCUCAUCUCCCUCCUUGCGAUUCCACUCAAUUCAAGCAUGUCGCGGAGCAAAACCCUCAAUUUCUGCAGUUUUUGAGCCUUAUCUCGGAAGACGUCAAGCGCCGCCGUAUAGAUCAGGAGUCAAGCUCAGUAGCUAAUGAUGACCCCAUGGAUAUUGAUGACGAAUUUCCCACCCAGCGAAGUCAGUCAGCAAAGGAAGCGCAAAACUUGAAUGUCCCCAGGCGAGCCAUGGGAUUGGAAAUGAGUUCUUCAUCCUUCUUUAUAGAUACAAUAGGCAGACUAAUGCUUGUUGCUGACAUGAAUAACGCCCCAGAAUGUUGCACGGUGCCAACCUCUUUUAUCAAUAAGCUGGUCUCUAUGAAGGAUGAAGAGAUACUUUCGUGUCGUUCACUGAUACGCGAUGUACUUCAAUCCGAUCUUGUUCUUGUAGAGACUGAUGCCUAUCGCCUUUUCCAGCGUGUUGGGUAUGUACUUUCAUCAGACGAUUUUCUUGCCAGCGAAAUUGCCAUGUGCGCAUGCUUGGACGUAAUGAUAGGACUUUUGCCUUUCUGGUCAAUGGAGGAACAAAACUCUUUCAUGAAACAUGCUAAGCAACUCUAUGAUUGGUUUAUUUUACGAAUUGAGAGGAGCUCCGAUUCUACAGUCGUCCAGCUAGGCAUUGUUAAUAUGCUGCUACAACUUUUGCGAGCAAAUCAGAAUUAUGGGAAUGCCCCUUCUCAGCCGUCACCACGUACUAGUCUAUUAAAGCUUCUCGAAAAAGGUAAUACUUCUACGAAGUUCUUCAUUGGUGAUCAGAUCUCGGAAAUAUUUGAGCUUUUCACCUUGAAAGAGCAUGACAAAAUAUUCGUAGAUGUGCUUGACCUUUUACCUUCUGCGCCAGAGGUCUUGGAAGGCAUCGCGUUUCGACUUUAUGUCCUGGCAAAACUAGCUUCCCGUUGGUCAACUCUUCUGCGAAGAUGCAUUUACCAUAUUUUUGAAACUCCGGGUAGAAUUGCGGGUGCUGUGCGACAUGCCACUUGGUGCUUGUCCUAUGUUGCUUCUGCGCUCGCAGUAGCAAGUUCACAGGAGCUAUUCGCAUUGUUUGCCCCUCAAAUUCUCUACACUUGGCUCGAGGUAGAGGCGAUGGACGAUAUACCGUACCAAAUAUUUGGCUUUGCCGCUCUUGGUGACUUAUUGGUAUUCGCCCAGGAAGAGACCUGCGCCAUCAUAAUGAUGCGGGGUCAUGAGGCCCAACUGGACCACCUCGCUGAGCUUUUGAAUAUUCCCGCAACCCAAUUACUUCAGAAAUGUUUUUCGAGGGCGAUGGCAUAUUGUAUUGCAAACAAUAUAAGCAUACCCCCCUCGAGCGACCAGAAACGUAUAAGUGGUGAGGCCCGACUGAAAAAUCGCCUCGGCAAAGAAUUGUUCUUAGAAUGUGUCAAUCUGCAUUUUACAGAUAUACUCGCUACCUUGUUUAAUGUCAUAGACCAAGAGCAACAUGUCGAAAAGUCAUUCGCCAAGGAUGAGAACUUAGUAUAUGCCGCCGAAAUCAUGGUAGAGAUCAAAUCUCUGAGCUCGUCUGAGAUUAUCUUGCCUCCGGGUCAGCAACCUGCAUUCAAAGCAAAAUACCUCCUACAUGAAAUCAAACAUUUGUGUACGAGGACAGUGCAUGAGGCAGGCGAUCUAUACACUCCAAGUUUAGUAGCUUUCAUUGCUAGAAAACUACUUAGGACUAUCCAUCCUGCACUUGGGUCGCUGCAUGCUUGCUCUGUAUUGCGAAAACUUCGUGUUUUAAUCUCACUUGCCGGAAAUGCUGCGACUCGAGGUUAUCCUUUGGAAAUGCUUCUUCGAUCUAUAAGGCCUUACAUCAAGGAUCCUGAAUGUGCAGAUGAUGCUAUUGGUAUUUUGCAAUAUCUAUUAAUACAGGGCUCGGAAUACCUAAAGCUGUCUCCAUCUUUUGUUGCAAGCAUUACCCUUUCGAUACUCGGAUCUUUACGUGUAUUCAUGCAGGAGCGUAGAUCUAGCACAACCCAGGAGAGUCAACAUCACGCUACAAUUUCCAAGGCCCAGAAAUUUCACCUUUGGGUUGGGAAGUAUGCCUCCAGGUAUGAAUCUCCCGCUCUAGCGGGGCCUUUGAGUUCAAGUUUUAAAUCUCUCGUGGCCUCUGCUCAAAAAGUCCGAGCAAUUGGAAACGCUGAAAAGGGAACAAUAGAAAGCACAUUACUUGAUCGGCUACUGGAGGAUGAGAGGAAUGGGGGCACUUUACUGACUCUACCUGCUCGAAAACUUGCGCUCCGUAUGCUAUGCUCCGAGUUUGAAUGCCCUACUUCUUUCAGGAGCGAUAUAUACGGCGAAGAUGCAGCCGCAGAAGCAAGAGCUGCUGUUGUGUGGAAGUCUUGCAGAGGAAAUUCGUCGAAUAAACAAUACAUGUCUUGGGCCGCGCGCGUACUCGGAAGAGCCUUUGCGGCAACUGGGCACGUGCACCACGAACUUCUGCAGGAAUCCACAUUGACAAAAAUAAAGGAACUUAAGACAUCAUCCGAAGUUAAUCUUCCAUCGCGGGCAUGCAUAUUGAGUCUUCUUCAGUCGAUACUUUUGGGGGAUGAUAGUUCGGCAGCGGGAAUUGCCGAAACAACUUUACGUAUCAUUAUUACAACUUCGAACCAGGAGAUUUUAGAAAUUGGUCGCCAGAGUCUACCGCCACCAGUUUUCGAAGCAUCAGCGUGGAAUCCUUAUCCCGUUCCGCCAUGUGAGGUCGCAGAACUACCGGAUGAUAUGACUAGCUUAGGGACUCAUCUGGAAGCAACGUUCAUCCUUUCUCCUAAUUGGCUACAAGACCUCUCUAUUGCGUUGGUCAGAGCUGUCCCUAAAGACCCCAUACUCCGCGCUCUAGCCCCAGUCCUUAGGGAUGUACCAGAGUUUGCUGAUCAAGCAUUUCCGUUCAUUCUCCACCUCGUACUUUCGACGGAUUUACCGGCAGAGAAAAAUAGCCGCAACCAAAUUUCUGAUGCAUUCGCGGCGUGGUUUUCCAGAAGCCAAGCCGCCGAUAGGAACAACCUGAAAAUUCUGAUCAACUCGAUUUUAUAUUUACGUACUCAACCCCUUCCACACGAGAAUUCCUCGGCGGAUCGUUUGAAUUGGCUAGAUCUCGACUAUCUCAAAGUAGCUACAGCCGCCAUACAUUGUGGAAUGUUUAAAACAGCUUUGAUAUUUGUUGAAGAACAUCAAUCGAUUCCAGUCAAAUCAUCUCGACGUUCUUUAACGACGAAAGAUGGCGGUGAAGCUCCCGAACUUCCGUCAGAUCUGCUGCUCGCAAUUUUUGAGAACAUUGACGACCCAGAUCUAUAUUAUGGGGUGCAACAGACAGCCAGCUUAAGCACGAUAUUGGCAAGGCUAGAAUAUGAGAAAGAUGGGCCCAAAAGUCUCGCCUUCAGAGGUGCACAAUAUGAUAGCCAUAUCAAGCAGCAAGACCCUAGAGCCGCUCAGGAUGCACAAUCUCUUGUUAAGGCUCUAGAUAUGCUUAGCUUGAGUGGUCUUUCGCUCUCUCUGCUGCAAGCACAACAGAGUUCUGGAGUAGCUGGUACAUCCUUAGAUUCUAUGUUUCGUACCGCCCGUAAACUGGAGCAAUGGGACAUUCCAGUUCCUGCUAGCGACAAUCACUCAGUAACAAUCUACAAAGCUUUCCAAUCAGCUCAUAUUGCUACAAACCGCGGAACACUCAUGAAAGCAAUAGACGAAGGACUUGAGGGCACAAUGGAACGCCUCGUGCGAGAUGACCUUAGCGCCAGUGCCCUACACGAAUCACUUAGAACAUUGGCGGCUCUUUCCGAAAUGGAUGAGGUGCUCAGCUCCCGGGGGUCCGGAGAAUUAGAAGAGGUCCUGUCAAGAUUUCGGAAUCGCUCUGAAUGGAUGAAGACCGGAAGGUAGUAGUACUUGUCAAAUUUUACUAUAAUCAUGGCUAAUAUGAAAUUAGGUUUGAUGACAUUAGCCAGAUGAUUUCUUGUCGGGGAACAGCUUUAAGUACCCUGAGCCAGCAACCACGCCUUCGAGAUAUACUCAACCUCUCUUGCAAAGAUACAAGACUAGUUGAGGUACAUGUUGCACUCAUCUCUUCAUCGUUGAAUCGUGCUCAUGGCGCCCUGCAAGAAUCAUUAUCUCUGACAACUUCAUUAAUCGAUCUUAUCAAACCCUGCCAAUCCCUUGGUAUGGAAAUUGAAGCUGCGGUUCAUAUGGAGACCGCAGAUGCAUUGUGGGAGCAAGGUGAAAUGACAUCUUCGAUAGGCAUAUUACGGGUCUUGGACAAUGCAUCCUUCUUAAAAGCACAGACUAUUCCUGUUGGUCGUCCUGAUCUUCUAUCUAAAAUUGGUCACCAAGUCUCCGAAGCCAGACUCGAGAAGCCUGAUCGUAUCAUUGAAAAAUAUCUAAAACCUGCCCUCAAGGACCUGAAAACGUCCGACGGUCAUGAAGCUGCGAAAGUCUUCCACCAAUUCGCCGUUUUUUGUGAUCAACAACUACAGGACCCUGAUAGUUUGAAAGAUUUGGAGCGAAUGAAGAAGUUAAGCGAGAUGAGAUCCAGUGAUGUCGCUGACUACGAAGAACUUUUGAGAAAGGCAACAUCGUCGACAGAGAGAACAAGGCAUCAUAAUUAUCUAAAGAAGGCCAAGACAUGGCUCGGACUAGACGAGCGAGAAUAUCGUCGCCAUUGCUCCAACAGAGACGAGUUUUUGCGCCAAUGCUUGGAGAAUUAUCUUCUCGCUUUAGCUGCUUCGGAUAACCAUGAUAGCAAUGCGCUACGGUUUACAGCACUUUGGCUUGAACAUUCCGCGGAAAAUUUUGCCAAUGAAGCUGUCGCCAAAAUUUUGCCCAAGGUACCUAGUCGAAAAUUUGCUACACUGAUGAACCAACUCAGUUCUCGUUUGCUUGAUAAUGAUUCGAAAUUUCAGCAGCUUCUCUUCAACCUAGUAUUACGAAUCUGCAUGGAUCACCCAUAUCAUGGCAUGUACCAGAUAUAUGCUGGGUCUCACAGUCGGCCAAAUACCAAAGAUGAGAUAGCUAUUUCAAGGAACAAAGCCACUCUCAAGGUUUCAGAGCAACUCCAAAGAGCUGGGAACUCGCGGGAAAUUUGGGCCGCUUUGGGUUUUGUCAUACAGCCAUAUACUCAGCUCGCAGGCGAGAAAGAUGAGCAGAAGUACAAAAUUGGUAAAAAGCUCUCGAUUAAAGAUUCCCCUGCCGGAUUAAAACUCAACAAUAUUGUGAGGAAGUACUCCAUACCUCCUCCGACAAUACAAAUAGACCUUCGUGCAGACAAAAAUUAUUCCAAGGUUCCAAAGAUGGUUAGGUUCGAGUCACAGAUGAGUAUAGCAUCUGGAGUAAGUGCACCGAAGAUCAUCACCGCCGUGGCGGAUAACGGGGCGCGAUUUAAACAAUUGGUAGGAAUCCGAGAUAGUUGGAUGCAAGUAUUACAGCUAACAUAUAAUAGGUAAAAGGUGGUAAUGAUGAUCUGCGCCAAGAUGCCAUCAUGGAACAGGUAUUUGCUCAAGUCAGCGAAUUGUUGAAAACGAACAGAGCUACUCGACAAAGAAACCUGAGCAUUAGGACCUACAAAGUCCUGCCAUUGACCUCCAUAGCUGGGGUCAUCGAGUUCGUGCCAAGCACAAUCCCGUUGCAUGAAUAUCUCAUGCCAGCACAUGAGCGCUUCUAUCCAAAAGACCUGAAAGGAACUAUAUGUCGUAAAGAGAUUGGGGAGGUUCAAGGCCAGCCAACUGAAGUACGAAUCAAGAAAUUCAGAUCGGUCACCGAUCAUUUUCAUCCCGUUAUGCAUUAUUUCUUCAUAGAACACUUCAACGAUCCUGACGAAUGGUUCACUAAACGUCUAGCAUACACGCGUAGCACGGCUGCCAUAUCGAUACUAGGCCACGUCCUCGGACUGGGUGAUAGACAUGGUCACAAUAUUCUUCUUGAUUUUGAAAGCGGUGAAGUGGUACAUAUUGAUCUUGGUGUGGCUUUUGAAAUGGGUCGGGUUCUUCCGGUCCCUGAAUUAGUACCUUUCCGCCUCACUCGCGAUAUUGUCGACGGAAUGGGCAUUACGAAAACCGAAGGCGUGUUCCGAAGAUGCUGUGAAUUCACUCUUUCUGCUUUACGUAAAGAAGUCUAUAGUAUUAUGACGAUCCUUGAUGUUCUGCGAUAUGAUCCAUUGUACAGCUGGUCUAUAUCACCGGUACGACUCGCAAAACUGCAGGUGGCGCAAAGCGUUGCACCGGAAUUCCGUGUGGGACACGAGAGAGGUGGUGAAAGGCAAGCAGUCAAUCAACCGAGUGAGGCUGAUAAAGCUUUGACCGUAGUUAACAAGAAGUUGUCCAAAACAUUAAGUGUGGAAGCUACAGUCAAUGAUUUGAUCAAUCAAGCGAGCGAUGAGAGGAAUCUGGCGGUUUUGUAUGCAGGUAUGUUUUGCAUUUCUCUUCUAUCACUCCAUGCUUCCCAUAUGUCGUAGCGAGCUUAUCUCUUUAAUCAAAUGCCUACUAAUACCUAUAGGCUGGGCUGCAUACGCGUAAAGUCGGAGAUAAUUAGAUAAAUAGAAGACCGCUUUCAAAAGUAAGAUAUUGAAAGAAAUCCUGCAUUAGCAAUUAUCUUGUCUAAAGUGUAGCUAAGCUAUGUAUCAUAUUUGCGUCAAUCUCUAUAAUUUCAUUGACUUCAUUGACAGGCAUAGCUUGGUAUUAUACUUUUACUCUUCCCUGGAAUAUGAU